ACACACCGCAUCACACUUACGACAGAAGAAUAUUACACACCGGUCAUUUGACUGGAGAAAUCUUGUAUUCUCACUUCUGGACAAAAAUAUGCCUGCAGAUGAUUACAAUUGAUUCAAUCUGCCAUCUCCAGAGACAAAGCAUCUUGGCAAAGCUCUUCACUCCUCCGUCAGUGUGAUUAGCCCCUCAGGAACGUGUGUGUGGCCUGAGGUAGAGCCAGCGGCACAGAGAGAAUCAUGGAGAGAAAUGCAUCCUUACCACUCAACUCCACCUCGAUCCCAACUCUGUUCCCCUUCAAUGUAACCGCUGACAUCAACGCCACAGUGAAGCCCUUCAGUGUGUUUGACGGCUGUGAUAAUCAGGUGGAGGGCAUCCUCUUUGACCUAACCGUUCAAUGCAUCAACGUAGUUGUCGGAAUCCCUGCAAACAUACUUGUCAUUGCAAUCCUCAUCCACAACCGCAAAGAUCCCUCCACCUCAGACAUUUUCCUGGGCUGUCUAGCCUUCAUGGACGCCUACUUCGGUGUCAUGACCCCUAUCAUUUUCCUUAACCUUUACCACUGGCAGAGCAAGGGGGUGUGGUCUUCCAUUAAGUUCUCUUACGGUGUGAAAGACACCAGUGGGCCGUUGUUUCUUUCCUGUAUCUGCCUGGAUCGCUUUAUAGCUGUGAUCUUUCCAAUCAUGUUCGGGCAGCUUAAACACAUAAAGUACAGGUUGAGCCUCACCAUUCUGGUCCUCUGCCUAACCUUUGCUUACUCAGCAGCCAAGGUUGUUGGUGGCUUCCCCAACUUUGAGAAAGUGUUCACCGGUGAGGUCCUGGCAACAUUCAGCUGGAUGGUUAUGUGUAACGGAACCAUCCUGUGGACACUGAAGAAGUCCCGUGGAGCAGGAAAAGAUGAGAUGCACCCCAUGAAGAAAAAGGCCUUCAAGAUGGUGCUCUCCAUCCUUUGUAUCAUCGUGUUUAACUACUUACCACUUGUAGCGCUGUUUCCCUCUGAAGACUACUACACCCCCGAUGGGUUUCGUUGCUAUGUACAGCCUGUGGGCUUCGCUUUCCUCAACAUCAGUAGCACCAUCCAGCCACUUGUCUAUCUGUCUCGUCUGGAAAAGGUUCCUUUUCUCCCAGAAACCUGUGUGAAGAAGUGGUGCCCCUGCGUCUGUGCAGAGCCCAACAAAACCCCACCUGCUCAAAACCAACAGCCUUAGCUUUUGAAGAUAUAACGCACAUUGAACCUUGGUGAUAAUUUUCCUACAAUGGUUCUAAAGAAAUGCUGCAAUUCAAUGCAUUUGUUUUGCUGUGACUGAUCUAAUUUUGAGAUAUAUUUCAAACGUUUGUUUUUGGUGAAAAGAUAAUUAUGUUAAGUAACACAAAGCAACCUUAGAACUAUGCAUCAAGAAUGAGUCAAAGGUGGAAAAUCAACAGUUUAAUUUCAAGUUUGCUAAGACUGAUCAUGUUCUUGAUUGACUUUUACCAAAUGAGGUUUAAGUGUUAAAAGUAGUCCUCACUGUAAUAAAAUCCUUCAUAAUAAAUGUUUGACUUUGGCGCCAUCAUGUGUACAAAGAGAUUAAUUAACAGAACUGUACAGGCCAAUCCCUCUUACCCACUCAAAUUUACACAAUGAUCAGUGUAUAUGUGUAUGAUUGAAUUUGAUAAAGUGCAUGUUGAUUCUUUUGCAGAGGUGAAUUUGCAUGAUGUGGUUAUCAUCCAUUUAUGAAACAUGGAACACCUGCUCAAUUGUGUCACUCAUUGGAUAAAGGCAGACA